GGCGGGUCAUGGUGUCCUUGUACCGAUUACGUCCAAUGUUUAGUGGAACGCAGAAAGGUUCGCCAACGCAAUAGACAUUUCAUUGCGUGCACAGGGAUUCAUGGCGGGCGCACGCGUGCAUGAUCACCUUGCGCCCUUAGUUGUUUUUGGCGCGAGUCCAUCACGGUCGGGGCGGAUAGCAGCAGCUUGGUUCGCUUUGUGGUAGUUCUCCGUUGGGCGCCCACCAUAUUUUGGUACAUGGCAGCGUUAUUCCGUUAUCUGACGGCCUUCUUUCUCAAUUACAAUGUCGGACGGGGGUCGCUUGUGAUCACCCUCGUCGCAUCAUGUCUGAUCUUACUGAGCAUGACGUUAUCAUCUCUACCGCAUGGAGUAGGGAGUUACAUUUCUAAAGCUUUGACAUGUGGUGUCCUAGCAAUUGCCAUCUCGUCUUACAUUUCUCUAAGGGCGUUCGACAGCAACAGAGUAUUCAUAGGAACGGGUGCGACUUUACGCCGCGUGUUCGAGAGCAUGCGAACAGCACAUCGGCCACCACGGCCUCCUUUUUGGGCGUAUGGUUGCCACGUGCAGUUUGCACCCUGGAUCAUAUAUAAUGUCAUCGCGGCAAGUUUUGCGCCAUUGCGUUACGAGAAGCAGAUUUUCCGCGUGCGCGGACUUGAAGAUAAGACGAAACCGGAGAGCAAACGUAACCCCCGAAGCAUGACCGAUGACGUUAUUAUCAAUUAUUUCCCGCCAGUCUCAGUCGCAGCGGACCCUGUGCUCCCAUUGGAUGCGCCCGUGAUAUUGUUCGAGCUUGGUCUCACGUGCACCGCGCAAGACAUUCCCGGGUCCUCUUUGCCGCGUCGCGCUGUCAGCCGCGGUUUCCGUGUCGUGGUAAUUGAGCGCAGGGGCCAUGCGCGUGCAUUGCAGAAGCCGCGCUGGAAUUUGUUUGGGGACUCGGACGACCUGGAGCAGAUUUACAACGUGGUUCGAGGAAGGUUUCCGAGCGCUCAGUUCUUCUACGUGGGGAUUUCAUCCGGGAGUAAGUUGCCGAUUGAGGCCGUGGGUAAGUUUGACGAACGCCGCAGGCAUGGUGACAUGUCCGCGCCAAGCUUUUUAGCCACCUCCUGCUUAUGUCCUGGUUACAAUCUCGAAACGUGCUUCAUGGGGUUCAAGUUCCCCUACAAUUACAUUUGUCUUUCCAGCGUGAAAAGCAAGUUCUUGCAUGAGAACGAACGAAUCUUGCGUAAUUACGAUGCAGCCAGCUAUGAGAAGGCCGUGGCGUCGGGCGAUCUGCAGUCUUUGCUCUCUCAUGCGGCACGUUUUGCAGGUUAUUCAUGUGCAGAAGAGUAUUUCGCUGCAGAGAAUCCAGUGCUUUUUGCGGCACAGAUUACAACGCCGACUCUGAUCAUCAAUUCGUUGGAUGAUCCAUGCACGGUGCCUCAAAAUGCCUUCGGGACGAUGCCAAGAAGCACGGACGGUUUGACUUUUGCGGAUAUGGUUGAGAAGUCGCCGUGUGGCAUUCUGUUGAUGUCACCGUCAGGUUCUCACUGUCCUUUUCUGGACGGGCAGUUUUGGCCAUUCGUGCGAGUACCGCUGGCUUUGGGUGGUGUUGCUAUUGCGUCAUGGGCGGAUUCUUGCAUACUCGAGUUUUUCGAGGGCUACCUCGCAGAACAAAAGAGAUCCAGGUGAUCACGCGAUUUGGCCUGAGAUGCGACGCGGCCGCAGUCCUAGGAGCUGACCGUGGGACGGCACAGACGAUGUGGCGAUUGCGCAGUGUAGAUAUACAUGCCGCGCGUAAUCCCCAAAUCUGCUUGUUCGUCUCGGAUUCCCUUCGGGGAUCAUCCGUUAAAAUUGGAACGAAACAGAGAAGAUUAGCAUGGCCCCUGCGCAACGAUGACACGCGCAAAUCGAGGAGUUUAUACAA